AUGUCUCUCUCCACCGCCAGCUUUGACAAGGAGCUGGCCUCUCUCCCGCCCCCCGCUCAACCCACCGAUCCACCCGAUGGCGGUCUCUCUGCCUGGCUCACCAUUGCGGGUGCCUGGAUGGUCCAGUUCUCCACCUUUGGGCAAGUCUCCUCAUCCUCCUUCCAUCCGCCCGCUCAUUCCCUUUUCAGCUACAUCAGCGCGUUUGGUGUCUACCAAGGUCCGUGUCCCGCUCCUUCGCCUGUCUCUCCUCACCCGUCCCCAGACUAUUACGAGACGGUGUAUCUCUCCAGCCAGACCUCAUCAAACAUCAGGUCUGCUCUCUGUCUUUCCUCCCGACCUCCACUCACACCCCCCAGCUGGAUUGGAAGCCUCCAGCUAUGCCUCAUGUACGCUCCGGGCCUCUUUGUCGGCCGUGCUUUCGACGCCGGCUACUUCCAUCACCUGUCCAUCGCCGGCGCCCUUCUCUACGUCUUCAGCAUCUUCAUGCUUUCUCUCGCCAAGCCCGAUCAAUACUACCAAAUCUUUCUCGCCCAGGCAGUAGGCAUGGGCCUCGGCCUCGGCACCGCUUUCCUCCCUUCCCUCAGCAUCGUCUCCCACCACUUUCGCCGUCGCAGAGCACUCGCUAUCGGCAUCGUCAUCAGCGGGGCCUCUGCCGGCGGUAUCGUCUUUCCCAUCAUGCUCAAUCGCCUCAUCAACUCUUCCGUUGGCUUUCCCAACGCCGUCCGUGCCACCGGUGCUGUCUGCGGUGCCCUCCUCCUCCUCGCCAACUGCCUCAUGCGCACCCGCCUUCCCCCAAAGCAGUCUGCUGCCACCAUCAGCUGGUCCCAGAUGCGCGACGUGAUAUGCGACGGGGCCUAUCUCUGGUCCAUCGCCGGCGCCUUCUUGACCAGCCUGGGCAUAUACGUUCCACUCUUCUAUCUCCAGCUGUUUGCCGAAGACCACGGCGUCGAUUCCCGGAUAACCACAUACUGCCUCGCCAUCCUCAACGCAGGCAGUAUCGCCGGCCGCCUUGUGCCCACCUUCCUCGCAGACCGCCUUGGCGUGUACAACAUGAUCCUGCCGAGCAUCCUCGCCUGUACCGCCCUCAUCUUUGCCAUCUUUGGCGCGACCAACUCGGCGGGCAUCAUCCUCGUCGCCCUCCUCUUUGGCUUUGCAUCAGGCGCAUACAUCUCGCUGAUCCCGUCGCUACUCGUUCAGCUGUGCAACUCGAUGAGCGAGCUCGGCGUAAAGAUGGGCCUCGCGUACACCGUCGUUGCCGUCGCAAACCUCACUGGCAACCCGAUCGCGGGCGCACUCCUCGGCACGGGCCGCAAUGAUGCAACUUUCCUCAUGUGGUGGCGCGCCCUCGUCUUUACCGGGGUGCGUGGUUGGCUCCUUGCAGCCUGA